UUUUUUUUCCUCCUCUUGGUUGUUUUUUUGAAUUGCGGAAUUACUCUAAUGGCACAACGAUAAGAGAAUCGCUCGGGGCUGGCUGUGUGGAAAUUAUAUUUAACACAAGGCAUCUUUUGUUACCGCGAUAUGAUUUACAGCAGGCGUCAGCUGCCGUGGUCCCACUCAGGGAGAUUUUUUUUUUUUUUUUUUUAAAUAGACAUCAGAAAAAUACCAUACCUGCAUCGUUUGGGACAUUCAUUUCACAUGAACACACAUUCACCUUACGUAACCUAUAAAUGCAUCACUGAAGCCUGGUCCUGUUAUUGCAAGAGAAUAGCAUGCACUUGCCGCUGCAGGUUUAGAUGAGGGUCGUUUGCCUGGAUUUCAUUGGGCGAUGCGGAACCUUGAGGGUGUUAAUGCGGUUGUCGUGUUGUAAACAAAAAUAUGUCAGCAGGACCGGAGAGGGAGGUUUGUCUUGUUUUUUCAGGGACCUCCCGGGAAAUUGAGCGCCAGGCAUUGAGUAAUGUUGUAAUGGGUUUGCACUGUGCCGAGCUUCUCCACAUUGUUUUUUUUUCCAGCCAUGAGGAGAGGACAAGUCACAUCCAAGGCGCAGGGGGAGCCAUCUAUUUACAGCUGAGGCGUUCAGAUUUGCCUCUCUCGUAUCUGUGAUAGCCACAACAAUAGCUUCCAUUUUCCUCAUCAGCCUCAAGCAUGAUCAAUACAGUCCAAAAAAAAACAAUGUGAUGCUAUUAUUGGUAAGGAUUUGGUCCAGUGUCCCCAGAUGUCUGCAACAAAAUCACGCCAGCUCUGCGCACAGCUGAGGAGAAACUGAUGAAUCAUAUAUUGAUGUUAUGUCUCACCGCUGAGAUGAGAAUGUGUUUUGGCUGGAGGUAACCUCAAGUGACCUGACAGCAUGUGGUGGUGUGUUUGUGCCCCCCGCCCCCCUCUCACAUCCAGCCUCUCCACCGGCUUCCCGCACCGUGAGGACGCAGCGAUGCCCCAGCAGAGGGAGGACCCGUCUCCGUCUCGCCGCCUCGGCCUGGCACCCCUCCGCCUCCAGACACUGAAGCCCGGCCACGACUUCCCAUGAGGCCACCACCAGAACUCACCUCGACCGCUCUGUAUGGGGCCUCUCACAUAUGAAUUGACAUGGAGGAUGAAGAUGGGACUUGUCUACUUGAUGUUUUGUGUGACCCCCAAGCCCUGAACGACUUCCUUCACGGGACCAAUGAGCUGCAGACUGAAGACCUGCUCAUUAACUCCUCCUCUGGGGAGCCCUCCCUCUUCACAGAUGCCCCGAGCCCCGUCUCUCUGCUGGGAGAUGGCAGGGAUUCCCCAGACACACCUCCACCUGGGUGUGUGGACCUGUCCUUCCUGGAGGAGGCCCUGCUGUCAUCGCCGGAGGGUGGAGAAGACCCACAGGUGGGGCAGGCCAGGACAUCUGUCGAGGCUGGAUUUGAGGAAAAGAAGGGAGAAGCGGAGGAGGCAGAGGUGGCAUGUGAUAUCCUCCAGCAGAGCCUGCAGGAGGCUGAGAUCACAGAGCAGACCAUGGCUCUGGAGGCAGGUCUGGCCCAUUCUGGGGACAGCCUGUCCCUGUACUCACCUGCCCCUCUCCUGUCUCCACCCACCAUACCAUUCUUACCCAAGUCUGUGACCUUGCCCAUCACCCCAGGGUUGCCCAGAGACACCCAGGCAGCAGUGGAGCCUCCCCAGCCCUCUCUCCUGGCUGUCGGGCCAGGCUGUCCUUCUUUAAAACCUGCUGCGCCUCCUCAGCUUAUGGGCCUCCUGCCUGGAAAUGUGUUCCCUGCUGCUUCUCCAGAGACCUCCUUUUCUCUGAGUCCUGCCCAGGGAUCCAGUAUGAUCAUCCACAAGGCUGUUCCCAGUGUGACCAGUCGCCCUCUCAUCACCCCAACCCUGAGAGCAACAGCAACAGCAGCAGCAGCAGCAGCAGCAGCACCGGGCAUCCUCCUGCAGCGCGCACCCCUUCCCAUCCAACCCAAGCUCCCUAUCAGCAUUCAGCCCAGACUGGUUCAAAUUAGCCCCAAGCCUUCUGGGCAAAAACACACUCCAGGUCUUACAUUUGUCCCUGGGACUGCCUCACCAAAUAUUUUACUCUCCCAACCUCCAGGCCAAAAGCCUGCAGCUCCACUACCGCAGCCCACCCAGCAGCUCCACAAACAGGUCAGCCUGCAGCUAGUCAACCAGGGCGGCUCCUUUGUGCUCCAGCCUCAGGGACUCUUCCAAGGCCAAAGCCAGUUCCUUCUUCCAGGCCAGUCCCCUGUUACGAUCUCCCAGCCUGCCAGUGCAGCUCGACCGCUUCUGACGCCCAGUCACCAAGGCCCGUCGGUCCACAGCCUGACUCCCUCCACUGGGCAACUCGUAGACGGCUCUCAGAUCCUAACUGUGCCCCAAAGACAGCUGAACUUCAGCCCUGUCUUCACCACCCCUACAGGGCAGCUAGCGCUCCGUCAGGCCACUGUGCUUUCAGGACCUUUGCAGCUACAGUCAGCACCCCCUACUGUCUUCCAGAUGCCAGCACAGCUGGCUGGAACCUACACUCCAGGAGGACAGGGGCAGCGUGCCACCUUGGUCCACAGUCCUGCUCUUGGAAACCAUAUUACCUUGAUUAACAGUUCAGGGGUGCUUCCCCCAGAUCUCACUUCCAUCUCGAUCGUUAAUGGCCCCUCUGUAGUUCAGGGGCUGCCUUUUGCUGCCCAGGCCCCGGCUCCUCAGACAGGCGUGACAGAAGGUCAGCUGAGCCUCCAGCAGGCCUCUGUGGUGCUGCUGCCAGAAAGAACUAUUCAAGAAGAGAGGACCAGCUCAGAGGAGACCUUCCACCAACUACCACAGCCGUACGGACAUGUUCUCCAGCAUGUCUCGGUGCAAUCCACCUCUGCAGGGCUGCAGUCCUCCUCUCCUCCUGUAGUUACAGUCCUGCAGCCUCCUCCUGAACCACCUCUGGCCCCCGAUCCGGCUGUGGAGAUUCCUAAACUUUUGAUGCCCCCAGCAGACAUGACCCAAGUAGUGGAGGAGGUGACCCACUCGAUGAGUCAGAAUGAGGCCUUUAUGCAACAUCUGCAACAGCAAGCACUUAGUUCUCCUAUCACAUCAGAAUUGUUGGUCGGAGUGCUGCCAGUGGUGCCGUUGGAGUCACUCGCCUCCCCCGCCGCCAAUGAGAGAGAGACCCAACCACAGACCCAUGCAGUCUCUGGUCAGGACACCCACACUGUGAUGUCUGACCAGUGUGUCGAGGCUUCUCCGCUUCACUCAGACCCAGAGGACACGCCGCUGAUCUGCGCCUCCCCUCCCAUUCAGGACACCGAAAGACUAGCUCAGACGAGUUUCUCCCCUCCGACCGGGCCUCAGAUCACUCUGCCUGGAUCUGAGAGUUCAGUCCCCCAGAUCACAGCUCCCCAGCCUCGCGUCGAGCCCCAAGUCCAGUACCAGGUCGCUCAUCAGCUCCAGGUCUCGCAGGCCUUAUUUGCCCAGAAGCAGGUACAGAUCCAGUCAUCUGUUUCCCAGCCUCUGCCCCAGGUCCAGGCCUCAGCUCCCCAGCCUCAGUCCACAGUCAACACUUCAGUCCACAGCAGUCCCUCCCAUCUGCGAGUCAGCGUCUCGGUGCCUCAGCAGCAGCCUGAUCCCAUGGCUGCUAGUCUCUCCAAAGGAGGAGACGACUCCGCUGUCCAACAGCACACACAAAACAUGUAUCCCUUUUCAGAGCCAACAGCUGCCUUGGUCGUGGAGAGUAAAGCGUUUACUCUCGAUGCCCAUCCACCCUCUCCUGCAGCCCAGGGUGUCCAGGUUCACGGGCCCCCAGCUCCCAGAGAGUGUGCCCCCAUCCAGACGAGCCAGCAGACCGCCACCAAGCUGGCAGGUCCUCCAGAGCAGCAGAGAGAGGAGAGGCUCACACCAGCAAUGCGAAGGCACAGGGUCCAGCAGCAGAUUUGUUUGGACCACGCAGCGGUUCAGACCCCCUUCACCGGCACGGCCUUUUCCACACUGAAGGACGCUGUUAGACGCCUGCUGCCAUACCACACCUGUGCUGGUCACCUGCCCACUCAGGAUGACUUCGAUUUAGUGGACCAGGAGUUUGAUACUGUGUCCGGUUUCCUGCUGAAACGCACCAAGGACAUGGUCAACAAAUACAGGCAGCUACUGGUUAGAGAAGCCCAGCAGGAGAGUCCGUCAGCAGAGAUGGUGAUGCUGGAGCGCCUCUUCCUCCAGGCUGAGCGAUGCGCUUUAGUGGAGGACAGACGGAGAGUCCGCAGAGACCCAGAGUCAUUUAUGAUGGCCUUGGCUACAUCAGCAUCUUCCCCACAUGGCACCCGCUCCUCGGGUCCCCCCCACCUGUACUCGUCUGGCAGCCCCUCCUCUCCACCAGCCUGGACCAGACUGUCCGACCGGCCCCCAGGACUGAAGACGUACCGCUCCAGCUCCCGCGGGGCUCUCAGGCUCACCAUCAAACAGGAGUCCGGCUCACGUAAGGUGGUUCACAACUCUGCCUGCGACCCGGGACUCAAGAGGGACCACAUGGGGCAGCUGACGAACGGCGGCGGAGCUGUGAACGAACGCCACUCUGAGGCACCCAACGAAGCACCCCAGGGUCCUCAGCAUGACAAGGAGAUCUCCAACGGAGCUCUGCCUUGCAACACGGCAGAGGAUGUCCCCCAGACAGCACUCAAUUCCAAAAUAAAAGCCCCAAAUCCUCUUUCUAUGCCAGAGCCACAGGCUGGUUGCUUCGAGUUGCCUCCCAGAGAUGUCAGCGCCCCAAAACUGAAAUGCUACAGGUUGGAUGCCUCGCCUCGACCGGAGCAGCGGUUCAGCCCGCCGCCUCCCCCCCUCCAAGAGGACAACAUGCUCAGUGAACAUCUACAGAGUGCCAUUGACAGCAUCCUGGAACUUCAGCGCCUGCAGGGCCCCUCUGCAGCCCCGACUAGGGCCACGUCAGGCCCCUCACUGGACCAGGCUGUCACCAGCAUCCUGGAGGGACACCUGUGAGGUAAUCUGCCCAAGGUGGGAUAAGACAAAGGAAGGUGUACUUGACUUCUUAUCUGUUCCCAGAACUAAAAGAGAUUUAGUUUCUGGGUUUCAGAGAUUACUUUAAAGGAACUGAUUGUUUGAAAGAAGAGGGAGGAAAAAACUUAAGAGGCACUAUAAAGAGAUGCAUACCAGACAACAGCACUAUCUAUAGUCCGAUAGAUGUUAGAUACUUCAUUUUGAUGUACGUUUGUGGAAAAAAAAAUCUAUUUGAAUAGGAGCUAUAUUGUUUCAGUGGUAGUUAAGUCAUUCAGAGGUUUACGACACUGGUGUAACCUUCAUCAGCAUAUAGUAUAUAAGUAAUAGUGAGGAUAACGAAAAUGUGGAGUAGACUGAGAUUAUUCAAUAGUUUUUUAUAAGAUUUCUUUCAAAAAUGUGAAGUUUCUUUUGCAUAGUGCCAAGCUUCCAGGGUAUUUAUUUUGAUAAUCUGUGCCAAUUGUGUUUUCAGAUGAGUUGCAGUGAGUGUGUGACGAGCGUGUGUGUUUAUUUGGGUUAGUUUGUGUGGAACUAAAGAGUGUGUGUGAAAACAUUGCAUCCUGCGACGGGACGGUACAUAAAACUCACGCAGGCUCCAUCAUCUCGGCUUAUCGAAUGAAACUCCAAAGAAUUUGUGACUUGCUACAUCCUGAAUACACCAGCAAACGUCCAUGUCGUGUCUCUUCCCACAAACUGGAGUCUGUCCUUGUUAAAGCAGAAAGAACCCGAGGGGAACACAAGCAAAUUAGGCAGAGUUGUGCUUUUUUUUUUUUUUUUUUUUUUUUAAAGUUUGGACCCUUGUUGUCAUUUAUGCUGGAGUCUGACAUCUGGUGUGAAAUAUUUCUAGUUUUCAGAGACAAGAAUGGUUUCCUUAUGUAUUAACAUGCAAGCAAUAACGAGUUAGGGUUGUUAGGAGCAGUGGUGGUGCAGUGAGGAGGAGGAGGGAGGUCUUUGCCCGUCAUUGGAUGAAAAUCAAGGUGGUUUUUCUGGAAUGAGCGAUUUUGUUAGCGAAGCCUGUGUAGUUUAGAAAUUGUGUUUCAAACAUGUUUCAAGGGUUCGAGGGUCACUUAAUGGCAUAAAUGAUCAUGCAAAUGUCCAGUUUGAGAAAGAAAAACACCAAAACUGCAGUUGUUUUCCACGACACACUGUACAGAACUUGAGCCUCUCUGCAUCAUCAAACAGCCUUUGACCAAAAACUAGAGGAAUCAUCCACUUCACAUUUUCACACUUAGAGUUCUCUUUAAUUAUUAAAUUAUUGGUUUGAAGCCAGCUGUGCUAAGCCGAAGAUUUAUUUUCACGCAGCCAUUGUGGAGCAAUAUGAUUUUUGCAACAUCUUAUGUUAAUGUGACAAUCUUAUCGGUCUGUGUGAAAAUGUGAUUCUGUUCAUAUGAAAAUAUGCGAGACAGUUGAGGUCAUUUGUAUCGAUUGUACGACUCUCCCUCAUGAAACUUGUGCAAAAUAUUCUUUGUAGAUGGAUUUUACCUUGAAGGUCAAAAUGUCUUUAAUUUUUGUAAUAUAAAUUGAAAAUGUGCUUCAAAAUGUAGCUUUUGAAGAUACUGUUAGGGGUCAAGGUUUGACUUGCGAAUUGGAAAUGUUUAGAAUAUGCCUUAUUGUUAAUUCAGUGUACCUUUUAAGGAAAUGGAAUCUGCAAAGAAAAGAUAAUUAAUGUGAUGUUUUAAAUACUGUAACAUCUGGUGUAAAGUAACCUGUCCCUUAAAAAACAAAACUUCCAGAGAUUUGGGGCUAAAUCAAACAGGCCUUCUCAUUUCUUGAAUUGCAUUGUCAUUGUUUUAUGUAAAAUUGUCUUUUGUUGGAAUGAACAAAAGGAGUUAUAAUAUGCAGUAAUUUAGUGUUGACAUCCUCUGUAGUAGUAUGGAUGGACACACACUAGAGGAUUCAUAAUGGACUAGUUUGAUAUUUUGGGAAAUACACUUUGAUACCACUCAUGUCUGUAUACUAAAUACAAAGGUACAGCUUAGCUUAGCAUACAGACUGGAAACAGCUAGCCUGGCUCUGUUCAAAGGUAACAAAAUCCACCUACCAGCACCUCUAAAGCUCAAUAGUUAACAGUUAAAAACCGAAUUAUACAAUCCACAUGAUGCGGUGUUACGGGGGAAUUAUGUGCCGAACUAUUUCUAGUGGCCCGGGAGAAGUGACUUCCUUAAAGUGUCUAUAAUAUAUAUAUUUUUAAUGUAUCAAAUGAUUACCUGAUAAUGUGAAAGGGGUCGUUCGUAGAGAUGAACCUACAGAGAAUCACCACCUGAAUCUGCAGUACCCCUAGGCUUUUAUAGCGAGUUUUUAGCUCAUUGUUUCUGUCCGACUGCAGUUUUACUGUUUUGGUUCACUCUCACAGGGUCAUUUUCAUCGCAGCAGGUGAAAAACGCACUGUACACAACCUGCUCAGCACCAAACAGCAGACAGACACAGUUAGCAACUAGCUGGUGACCGGCGUUGCCAGAUGUACGAUAAUUUCGCCCUCUGAAUGAUCAAUAAUGCACGAUAAUCUGACCAUUUUGUGACGCUUACAAUUAGAUUAUUUUAGUCUAUGCUGUCUCAUUUAAAUUUGUUUAGACAUAAUUAUUCAGUUAAAUUUUAUUUAUAUAGCGCCAAUUCAUAACAGAAGUUAUCUCAUUGCGCUUUAUAGCAAUAUAUGGAUCCUACGUCUGUAUUUACGCAUCUCUUCUGACGUGUCCUCUCUCGGGCCAAUCGUGACGCAGUACGACUGUCGUUUUCCAGGCUCCUCCGCCCGACGCUGAAGAGAAUUUGCACGAGAGAAGAUAAUUAGCUAAACGUCUUGUAAUAUAAUUUUGUAAUAUGAGGCUAUUACAAAACUGUCAGACUGCUUAAAAAAAAAAACCAAAAAACUAGAUGUGGGUAGAUUUGUAGGCAUGUCAAAAAGCUUUAAAGUGUUUUGUAAAAUGAUACAUUUUUGUUCUCCUGGUUAUGACUCGCAUAUGAUAAUUUUAAGCCUGUGAUACGAUAAUUUAACAUUUCCUAUCUGGCAGCUGCUGGUGAACAUAGUGAAGCAUUUAGCAGCUAAAGAACCAGAUAUUUCCCCCAGGAGUUGAUAAGAGACCAAAACAGAGAAUACUAGACUCCAAAUGAAUGAUAAUGUUGCUCCGUAACUGCUGGAUGUGUAAUCAAAGCAACAAUUUGCUAAAAAGUUCGCCAAUAUUAACUUAAAAGGUGAUAAUAUGUUAAUGAGUUCACAACUUGCUUCCGCUGCCCCCAAGUGGCCAACAAGUUCAGUUACUGCAGUUUCUGAUGGUUGCCUGGCAACCACAUGGUGACGACUGGACUUCAAGAAGAAGUAGUCCGGCACAUAGUUUUUUUUGUACGGACUAAACAAAGUAGAUAUAACGUUAAGCUGUAGUGAGCUGGUAGGUGACUUGUGUUACCUUUAGAUAGAGGCAGGCUAGCUGUUUUAUGCUAAGCUAACCAGCUACUGGCAGUAACAUUAUCAAUCUUUGUCAUAACUAUCAGCAAGAAAGUGAAUCAGUGUAUUUCCCAAAUUAUUCCUUCAACAGAAUUUGUCUCAAAAUAAAGAUGAGCAUAUCUGAGUUUUAAAACAUUAAAUCUUCAGGUGUGUUUCCACCCUCAGAGGUUUCACUGUAAUGCAGUAAAGAUGUCAGAGUGUCUUUCACAACACAGGAUUGCACUCCUUGUUGCCGCUAAACUUGUUAAAAAGGGUAAUUCCACCAAAAUGUAUGUUUUUAUUUUUAAGGAAGUAUUACGUUUGUCCAUAUCUCUUUACUUCAAAGACGCUCAAGACGACAGAAAAAUUAAUUCUGAAGUCGUCUUUGGUGGGAUCCCUUUGAAUGAAGCAGCCUCAUGUGCCAUUGUUAUUGUUGCAUUAUGUCUGCAGUGUCAAACACUGACCAUUAGAAAUGUGCUUAGUUUUCUCAGCAUUUUAAGACAAAGGGAUUACAUUUGCAUGUUGAGCCAUUUUGGUAUUUAUUUGUAAAUGUGUUUAUUUUUUUCCUGACUUAACUGUGAAACCAGGGGAGCGCAUAACUCUACACUAAUUCAACUUCAGAUACAAAACAUUUGACUGACAGAUUGUUCUGAUGCCAAAAUCAAGAGGCCUUAAUUCAGCAAAACUAGAUUGUAAAAAAAGUCAUUCCUGACAAAAAAAAAAAAAUCCAACUGAAGACUCCUUUGACCUGAAAGUCACGAGUGAUUCAUAUAUGAAAUGUUAAGAAAAACCGCUUUUGUACUCAUUUUUACAGACUAUUUAUUAAACUGUGAUUUUGUAAGAAAUAAAAAUAAAAAAAAGUGAA